GAUAGCAGCCGCGACUCAGUCUUCGCCUUAAACUACGGCAUUUGUCAAGUUUCCGACACAGAAUAGGGUUCUCUGUGUUUUUACAUUGUUGCGUUUUCCUUGGACGUAUCGAUAUCUGUGAAGCUGUUACGUCGAUAUUUUCAUUUUGGCAUAUCAUUUGUAUUUAUUUGCGAUAUUGUGUGAAAUAAUGUUCGUAAGGUUAUGAAUUCAUUGUGUUACAUUACCGAAUGAUAUUUUUUUUUCACGCCACUUCUGUUUCUGAGAAGUUGAUUUCGGUACAAGUUGAUAACGGAAGUAAUAUCACAUUCAUAUUAUAAUUAUCUACCCAUUAGUUCAAGUGUUUUUGUGCCAGGAGUUAAGAGUGGACGAUAUUGUCGUAGAUGUGAAGUGUUUAUUGCCGCAGUGCCUUUUUACGUGGUUACGUUGUUACCGAAAUAAUUUUCUUUUCCUCAUUGCUUAUAGUUACUAUUUAAAACGACACAGAUUUUGAACGUACUGGACGAAUUUGAUAUACACACAAGCGAUUGUUUUGUCAAGUGAAAAGAAACCUCAGGUCUAGUUUUGUAGCUGAUAAUUCCGCAAUCAGCAUGGUGCUUCAUCAGCAGAAACACGAGUGUCAUGAACACACUCAACAUGUCGUGGGAAAUGGAUGGAAAGGGGUCAAUAUCCUUGAUAAAAAUUACACAGCAAAAGACCCACAUUUGUUAAAGGUACGAGGACACCAGAGAGUUCCAUCUGGCUCACGAGAGUUCAAGGAGCUGACCAAACGAGAUGCACAGAUUCAGCUGCAGCAUGAAUUGGACAAGUUGUUGGCUACCGUGCCUGAUGCCAGAAAGGCAACUGUAGAGAAAGAGCUCAAUGGAUUUGCACAACUGUUUCAUCGCUUCUUGCAGGAGGAGGGGCCAUCUGUUGACUGGGAACGAAUUGAGAAACUUCCAGAAAAUGCUGUACGGGAUUACAGCACGCUGCAACAACCAUCGACCGAUCAGAUUCAUAUGAUGCUGGAUAAACUGGUGGUUGUGAAACUUAAUGGUGGUCUGGGCACAUCCAUGGGCUGUCAUGGGCCAAAGUCUGUCAUCCCAGUUCGCAGUGACCUCACGUUCCUUGACCUCACUGUACAACAGAUUGAACAUUUGAAUAAGACCUACAAGACAAGUGUUCCACUUGUGCUUAUGAACUCGUUCAACACUGAUGAGGAUACUCAGAAGAUCAUCCGCAAGUACAAAGGGCUACAAGUCGAGAUCUACACAUUCAACCAGAGCUGCUUCCCUCGCAUCAACCGCGAGUCCCUACUCCCUGUUGCCAAAAGUUGUAAUGUUGAUGCAGACAUGGAGGCGUGGUACCCACCUGGUCAUGGUGACUUUUAUGAAAGCUUUAGGAACUCUGGUCUCCUUCGCAAGUUCAUUGAAGCGGGACGAGAAUACUGCUUUGUCUCCAACAUUGACAAUCUUGGAGCCACAGUAGAUUUGAACAUCCUAAAUCUUCUUCUGAAUCCUGCAGAUGGAAAUUCAACAGAAUUUGUCAUGGAGGUCACAGACAAGACAAGGGCUGAUGUUAAGGGUGGUACACUUAUCCACUAUGAGAAUAAGUUGCGGUUGCUGGAGAUAGCACAGGUGCCAAAGGAACAUGUUGAUGAUUUUAAGUCAAUCAAGACGUUCAAGUUUUUCAACACCAAUAACUUGUGGGCCAAACUGGAUGCCAUUGAGAGAGUCCUGAAUCAGAACUCUCUUAAUAUGGAGAUCAUCGUUAACAGCAAAUCUCUGGCUAAUGGACUCAAUGUGAUUCAGUUGGAGACAGCCGUUGGUGCAGCCAUGAAGACCUUUGAGGGUGGACUGGGCAUCAGUGUGCCACGAAGUCGGUUUCUUCCAGUCAAAAAGACAUCUGAUCUGCUGCUGGUGAUGAGUAACUUGUACAGCCUCAAGAAUGGAUCACUGGUGAUGAGUCCUCAGAGAAUGUUUCCCACUACGCCUCUUGUCAAGUUGGGUGACAAUCACUUCUCAAAGGUGAAGGAAUUCCUGUCUCGGUUUGCCAACAUCCCAGAUCUGAUUGAGUUGGAUCACUUAACAGUGUCAGGAGAUGUUACAUUUGGUCGAGGCGUCUCACUGAAGGGCACAGUUAUCAUCAUAGCAAACCACGGCGACAGGAUUGACAUUCCAUCAGGAGCAAUGCUAGAGAAUAAAAUUGUGUCUGGCAACAUGCGGAUACUUGACCACUAAUCUGAUAACACAGUUAACAAAACUGACUGGAAAGCCUUAUACCUUUGUACAGAACCAAAAAUAUUCAGCAGUUGUGUUUAAUUUUCAUUUCCUUAAAAGAAUAUGAGGUUUCACAAUUAGUGUAUGAAAAUUCAGUUGUUAUUGUAUAUGAGGAUUAUUUUAAUGCAGUCACGAUUUGGGACAUUCAGCGGAUAAAGAAGUAGUGAGUGAGUAAUUUUGGUACAUUGUUGUUAGUUGUAGCGUUGUGCACAUUUGUUUGUUGGGAUGUACAUAUAGUCAUUGACUGUUGCCAAUACAUUUGAAUUAAGUGAUGUAAAAUUAUGUAUAAUUGUAUUUUUGUCUAAAUGAAUUGUGACUUUUAUAUAGAAUAUACAUAACUGAGCUAUUUGUUCA